UCAGAAAGUGGAUCGUCAGCCCCGCGAGCCGGAGCCGGGGCCGCAAGGCGCGGCGGAAGGCCAUGCACCGGGGUGUGCCAGGACCAGGCCUCAGGGGCCUGAAGCGGGUCGAGGGCGCUGCCGAGGACUUGGGGGACUCUUGCCUGGAAGCCGGGAAGGACUUCGGGGUGCUGAGAGAGAAUGGCGCCCCCCGCGGCCUGGGCGAAGCAGAAGAGGUGGCGGGCAGCAGAAAGCGCGCCCGGCCGGCGCGGUCCAAGGCGCGGCGCAUGGCUGCCAACGUGCGGGAGCGCAAGCGCAUCCUGGACUACAAUGAGGCGUUUAACGCACUGCGCAGGGCCCUGCGGCACGACCUGGGAGGAAAGAGGCUCUCCAAGAUCGCCACGCUGCGCAGGGCCAUCCACCGCAUCACGGCGCUCUCCCUAGUCCUGCGCGCCAGCCCCACGCCUCGCUGGCCCUGUGGGCACCUGGAGUGCCAUGGCCAGGCCGCGCGCGCCGGGGCCGCGGGCUCCAGCCUGCCGCGGCCCGCGCCGCCGUCUGCGGGGCCUAGCCUCUCGCGCCGGGAAGUUGUCGGCCCCUUCGCGCCGCGCUGCGCCUCGUGCUCCCCGCACGCGCACCUGGGACGACCCAGAGCGGGGGCCGAGGUGCAGGGCUUGGCCCAGGCCACCGUGGGAAGCUGGCGCCGAUAUCCCGGGGCUCCUUUUGCCUGGCCGAGGGACCGCUUGUACGCGAGUCCCGGGCUGGGCUACCAGCACUCCUGACCAAGCUCACUGGGGGGUCUGGAGGAGCCAAUGGCAGGGUGACCACCAGGGGGAAGAA